UUAUCCUGUAAUUUCUCAAUUCUUUAUGCAAUGUAUUUCCUGUAUAAAUAAUAAUUUAUACAGAAGCGAUGCUGGUCCAGUGUAAUUGCUGCGGAUAUACAGUAUUAGUGUUUUCAACGGCUGUUUGCUGCUGAUUGUUUUUUAACAGCCCUGCAGCAGAAACGGAGCAGCAGCAGCAGCAGCAGCAACAGCAUCAUUUUUUCUGUGGUGUUUUGCACCACUGCGAUCAACCAGCCAACCCAAAUCUCCUUGGAGAGUGAAGACACCGAACGAAAAGGAGAGAGGGGGGAAGGAAACCUUGGCACACUUUACAGCCUUUACAUUUAAUAUUGUAUGACUCUCUUACUGCGGAGAGAGAAAAGACAAUUCGAUCACAACCUCACCUCUUACCGAAAGGAUUAUCUCAUGGUUUUUCGCCUUUGUUUCUGACAAGAUCGCCGACAGGUUUAUAAGGAAGGAUCAUUUAACCAAAUCUGGAAAGGGCAACGAGGGAUCCACUAUGAUCUCCUCUUGGAAGUGGCGUGUAAUGGCUCGUUUGGGAUUUUGUUGGAUUUUGCUGGGGCUUUGGAGGUUUAGCGCCGCUUGUCCUGCAGUUUGUACAUGCAGCACCUCAAGAAUUUCAUGUACCAGUAUCGAUCAAGAAUGGGGAAUCAAGGCUUUCCCUGUAUUAAACACCGAUAUAGAAAUGGAAAACAUUACUGAAAUAUACAUUGCAAAUCAAAGUAAUUUACAUGCCAUCACCGAUAAUGAUGUGAAGUUCUAUAAGAGCCUCAGGAAUUUAACUGUGACAAACUCGGGAUUGACUUAUAUAUCCCGUUUGGCCUUUCAGAACAAUGUGAAGCUACAAUAUUUGAAUCUAAAAGACAACAGGCUGUCAUCAUUGUCUUGGAGGACCUUCCGGCAUUUAAACUUGACAAGUUUUAUCCUUUCAGGCAAUCCUUUGCAGUGCUCAUGUGGUAACUUGUGGAUCAAGCUAUGGCUGGGAGAUGAAACAGAGAGCCAAGAGAUAGUGUGCUGGGAUGACAAAAAUAGAAAUAAGCCACUCUCCAAACUGUCUCUUCCAGAGUGCGUCUUGCCUAAAGUGGAUAUUAGUCUCUCGAAUGUCACCAUACAUGAAGGAAAGAAUGUUAUACUUGAGUGCAGUGCUACUGGGUCUCCUACUCCUCUUCUGGAAUGGAAUACUGACCAUUUAGUUUCCAGUUAUGAGAUGGUAAAUACCUCAGCGCAACGUUCGAUACUUAAGCUGACAAACAUUUCAUCACAUGAUAAUGGUAAAAAGAUUCCAUGCAGUGCAGAAAACAUUGUUUGGGGAAGUGAACUUUCUGCUGUUCUAAAUAUUCUCUUUGCACCAAAAAUAACGCUCUUAGCCCAAGCCAUGUCAGACCAUCACUGGUGCAUUCCCUUCAGUGUGAGAGGAAACCCAAAGCCUACACUGCACUGGUUCUAUGAAGGAGCUGUUUUACAAGAGACAGAUUUCAUCAAGACAAUGAUUCAUGAGACUCUGGAUAGUGAGCACCAUGGAUGCCUACAACUAGACAGCCCAACUCACCUAAACAACGGACAGUACACCUUAUUAGCCAAGAAUGAGUAUGGCAAUGACAGCAGUACUGUGUAUGCUCAGUUUAUGCAGGACCCAUUUGAUGGGGAAUCUAGUACAGAUCCUGUUUACUAUGUAGAUUAUACCACGCCAAUGGAUUCAGAAGUAAAUGAGGAUAGUGUUGCUGUGUAUGUUGUAGUGGGAAUUGCAGCAGUAGCCUUCACAGGAUUUGUACUGAUGUUGAUCAUCCUUAAAUUCGGAAGGAACUCCAAAUUCGGGAUCAAGGAAAUCAAUAUAGAAACUGAUAAAGCACUGCAGCCCUGCGAGGAGGAAAUGUCUAUUGAACAUUCUUGUGGAAGCCACAGGGAUAAUGGAUUAGUACAAGGUGCGUGUGGUGCAUCCUUUCACAAAUGCUACCAAAAAGGGCCUUCUUCUGUGAUCAGCAAUGACGAUGACUCUGCAAGUCCCCUUCAUCACGUGUCAAAUGGCAGCAACACUCCCUCUUCUUCAGAGAUCGGUCCUGAUGCUGUCAUCAUUGGAAUGACGAAGAUUCCCGUGAUCGAAAAUCCUCAGUAUUUCAGGAGCACCAGCAGUUUACUCAAGUCUGAUACCUUUGUACAACACAUCAAACGUCACAACAUUGUCCUGAAGAGGGAGCUGGGAGAAGGAGCAUUUGGCAAAGUAUUCCUGGCAGAAUGCUAUAACCUCUGUCCUGAUCAAGAAAAGAUCCUCGUGGCUGUCAAGACACUGAAAGAAGCCAGUGACAAUGCCCGAAAGGACUUCCAUCGGGAAGCAGAGCUGCUGACUAACCUACAGCAUGAGCACAUUGUGAAAUUCUAUGGCGUCUGUGUGGAGGGAGAUCCGCUCAUCAUGGUCUUUGAGUACAUGAAGCAUGGAGAUCUGAAUAAAUUCCUCAGGUCUCAUGGUCCUGAUGCAGUAUUAAUGGCAGAUGGGCAAAAUAACCGUCCAAUAGAACUCACCCAGUCUCAGAUGCUGCACAUUGCCCAACAGAUCGCAGCAGGAAUGGUGUACCUGGCUUCCCAACAUUUUGUCCACCGGGACCUUGCCACUAGGAACUGCCUGGUGGGAGAAAACCUGCUAGUGAAGAUUGGGGACUUUGGAAUGUCGAGGGAUGUGUACAGCACUGACUACUACCGGGUAAGUGUCGGAGGUCACACAAUGCUGCCUAUCCGCUGGAUGCCACCUGAGAGUAUCAUGUACAGGAAGUUCACUACAGAGAGUGAUGUGUGGAGCCUUGGCGUUGUAUUAUGGGAGAUUUUCACAUAUGGCAAGCAACCAUGGUACCAACUCUCUAACAAUGAGGUGAUUGAAUGCAUCACUCAGGGCCGUGUCCUGCAGCGUCCUCGAACCUGCCCAAAAGAAGUAUAUGACCUUAUGCUGGGCUGCUGGCAGCGUGAGCCCCAUAUGAGGCUGAACAUCAAAGAGAUCCACAGCCUCCUUCUAAACCUGGCAAAGGCCUCACCUGUAUACCUGGAUAUCCUGGGCUAGACUCUCAUCACUGCCUCUCCCUCUGUGUGUAUGGAGUACUUUGGGUGUGUAUGUAAAUGUAUGUGUGUAUGCAGGCAUGUGUGUGUGGGAUAUAGUUGUGAGUGCAGCUGAAAUCCAGCUCUUAUCUCCGAUGGUGUUAAUGAAGAAGGCGAGGAGAAGCUUUUUCAAAGGGCAACCUCCAUAAAUUCUCCCAUGUGCAGGCGCAUUAUUGACCAGUGUUAACUUUCUCUUAUCGAUCCUGCUUCUGCCUCAUCAUAACUCUACAUAGACAAAAGGCCUUAUAUCUGAUUGUGAGUGUUUUUUUUUCCUCUGAAGACACUCAUAUUCGCCCUCUGUAAUGAAAAUUGCCUUCUCGUAUUCUUGCCUUCGACUGGGAUGAAUAAAGGGAAAACUGACAAUAAAAAUCUGCUGUAAAUACCAACAAUUAUAGGGAUUCAUCUAAACUUUGGCUUUUUCUUUUUUGACUCAUGAAAGGACAUUUUGUGGUACAGUACUAUGUACAAAGUUGAAAGCAGGAAACAAUUUUGUUAUCUUAAGGAAAAUUUUACUUUAUUCCCUGUCUAGGACUUUGUAGGUUUGCUGUUGCUUUCUGGUAGAUGAACAUCCCCAGGAAAUAUGCAACGUCUACUUGGGUCUUACGACUUCGGGAGUAUUUGCAUAAUUGUAUCAUUUAAAAAGCUUCUCCUUUUUGGGAAAACAACAGUGAUAUUACAAAAAAGCAUAGAACAAAUAAAAACGUAUACAAUAGCAGAACUAGAGGCUGAACUACAUUUGUCUGUAAUAAUGACCACAAUUUCCUGACAAUCAUUUUGAACUACAGGCUUGGACUACUGCACAGAAUUUAAUUCUGGGUCAGCCACUGGAAGCAGGGGAAUUCUAUAAUACAGCACUUGUAAAUGCCCUGACAAAAUAUCCAAAAAUCUGCUUGUUGCAAUGCAUCUUUUAAAGUUAUUGCCCUUUAUUUAAUGGUGCAAAAUUAAAUUUUGCAUGGUCUUUAUAGUCUAAUAUUCUUUUUUCUUGUCACUGCUUGGGUAACUUACUAUUUAAAGACAAAGCUAUCCAUAAUAGUUUAACAUUUAAUUAAGAAAAGCUAAUGGAGGUCAUAAUAAUGGCGGAUAAAUGGCUUUAUGUUGUUUAAAUGUGAUAGGAAGAUAGUGAAUUCUGAUUUGCUAUUUGGAUAUUUCAUAUUUUAAAUUCUAUGAGCAAAAAUAUUUUGUUCCCUAUGGAUGUAGAAAUCACUUUCAUAAUUAACAUUUGAUCUAUGUCAUAUAGAAAUCUGAUUUUAACACCACACCUCAGUUGCUAUGGUUUUCUUUUCUCAGAAUCCUUCAGUAAUUUUCCUGACAUGCAGAGCAUGAAUCCACUGCUGCAAAAAAUGCAUAGUAGUAGUUGUGAAGUUUAGCUCUUUACCACAUCAAUCUCUAGCAUUCAGACACUUUUAAAUUUCAAAACCAACACUGAAAUCUGUUUGUGAUAGUAAUUUGGAAAUAAGCUAUGUCAGAAAAACAAUGUGACUUUGAAAAAUAAAUGAUGCUGGGAAGGAUCAUCA